CCCCGGCUCAGUAGGCUACAUGAUGGCAAUGGCUUCUCUCCUGACUACAUGUGUACUGGCAGUUGUCUUGCUCUCUCUCCAAGCGGCCGCCCAGCUAGGGGACGUUGCUGCACCGGAGAGUAACUCAACAACAUCAGAACCAACAGUAAAUGUAACAAAAACAUCACAAGAACUGCCCCCUGCUGGACUACCAGAGAUUGUUGUUGAUCCUGUAGACGUAGUGUCUACUGCUCCUGUGGCUUUGCCGCUGCCUGAUGACAAUCCUCAGACAGGAGCCAAGCAGAUGGAGGAUGGAGGUGUGGUGCAAGUCAUUGAUCCCGAUAGAAUCUCCAUAAAAGUUGUGGGCUCUAAUUGUACAGACUCUUCAGACUGUCUCAUAAUCAACAACUCAAAUUGUAUCAAUGGCCGCUGUGACUGCAUUUCUGGAUUCAUUCAAUCCAAACACAGUCUUGAAAAAUGCAUCAAAGUGCCCUCUGGACUAGACGACAGUUGUGAAGAAGAUGUACAAUGUUCGUACGUUGUGGUGGCAAGUGAGUGCAGAGGAGGAGUGUGCUCUUGUCCUCCCAACUACGUGUUUGAACAAGCCCACUGCUGGGAGAGACAAUUGUUAGGUGGGACGUGCAACACUUCUGCGCAGUGUGACAAUGUAGCAAUGUCUCUCUGUGCUCAAGGCGUGUGUGCGUGUCAACCUCCUCUUAUACCUAACCCUAGCAGUGACAAAUGUCUACAGGUUGCAGGUAGAGAUUACAGAGCUUCAUGUGAGGAAGACAUCCAGUGUACCUCGUCCUACGGAGAUGAGGCUCACUGCAGCAACAGCCAGUGUGUCUGCUCCAGCAACUACCACUACAACAGCUCAGUGUGCGUGCCAGACAAAAAGUUGGGAGAGGAGUGUUUAAGUGAUGAGGACUGCACAGUUUCUGAUGUGAUCCACGUAGAGGGAUCUAGGGCUUGCAUCGACCAAGUCUGUGGAUGUGCUGAAGGUUUUACUUCCCUACCUGGGGAAGAAGUCUGUAUGGAAAAAUCCUCUGGAGAAGAAUUGGCAGUAUCAUUCAUAUGGCUCGCCUGCAUUGUUGUUGCUAAGUACUAUCUGCCAUAGUCUAUUAACUUGUUGCUAAAGAUCUUCAAUAUUUUUACCUUUAUCACCUCCAUCUAAAUUGACCUUGUAAGUGAUUAAGAGACAUUGAAUACGGUUUGUACUGUUGAAAAAUUUUAAAAACUGUUUUUGAUUAAAAAAUUAUGUAAAUACAACAAUUAUGUAUUGACCAGCUUAUAAAUUAAACAGAUAUUUCAGUUUAAAUAUUCUAGAAUCAUUUGGACUGUGAAAUAACCAAGUAAUCAGAAUGGUGGUUUCGAUCACUGUUAGUGGACAAAAGACAAAAGAAAAAACUUAUUGAAAUGAAAAUUUCCCUAAAUUUAAAUAGUUUUUCCUUCCAAGUUUGUAUAGAUUUAGUGUUUAAAAAUUAAUAUUUUUUAGCCACUUUUAAUUUAAGAAAUUCAAUCAAAAAUACAUAGAUUGUAGAUUGAAAAUUUUUGCCAGACCAAGUGAUAUGUACCGUAGUUUAAGGACAUAAGAUGCAGUAGAAUCAAUGUUUUCUGGUUCUACUCAUUAUGAUGGACAGCUAUUUCUAUGACCGUUACUUUUGUGUAUAUGUAUAAAUGUUACAUUUUACAGAUAAAAGAAUGUAUCGCUUUAAGUAGCUGCAGAUCAUUACGGUAGCUUAGAUUAUUGUUUUGAAAUAGACUUUGAUUUACUCUUGGAUGAAAAUUCCAAGUUAUUAAUUUUGACAUAAUUAAAAUGUUAUUAAUCUGUAAUCGUUUUGUUAUUGUUGUUUUAGACGUAGAAAUAGAAAGUAUUGAAUUUUCAUUGUGGUAAAAAUUGUAUUUUUUAUCUAAUAUUUUGUGUUGGUUUCAUAUAUUAACUUAUUAGUUUAAUUAUUAAAAAAUACAUAAUCUGUAAACAAUAGAUUUAAAUGCAUUUUUGUGCAUCAUUAAGCCCUGCAGUGAUUUUAUUUCAGUGAUAAAUACGCAUAAGGAAACAUUGCAUCAGGCCAAGUGGUAUCCUUGAAUUUUAAUAUCCAGACAAUACAUGACUUUUACUAAUCUAGAUAAAAACUUAUGAUUGAAUAAAUCAAACUUUUCUAAUUCUUUUCUUGAGCUAGAAUGGCAGUGUCUUUUAAAACUCCUGUUUUCAUGCUUUGAAGUUUUAGAUAUAAAUAAUAACUUAAGUUUGUCAUUAACUUUGACAGCCGUUUACAUACUUCCUGAGUGUACGGAUGUAAACCUUUAGACUACUCUGCAGAAGGGCUAGUGUAAAGCCCUAAUUUUGAAGUAAUUUCUUACAUAUGUUGAUGGUUGUAAUAAUGUUAAGCUUAAACUAGUCAAUGUUGUAUUUGUUUUAAAUAAAUUGUUUGUUUUGGAGAC